GUUGGGGAUGAACGUGCCUCCGAUUUGGGUCGAAUUGGGCUCCUCCCGCAGAACCGACCGCUUGGACACAGGCUCGAACGAGAGCCUUUCCUCCCCCGCGGCGGCGGCGGCGCAGGUAUCUUCAAGGUCUCGCUGAUAAGGGGAACACGGUGGCGUACUCCUGAGAAUACGUUUGCGUCCUCCGGUAGCGGGAAGAGGCAGGCACCACCGGGAUCCCCUUCCCCUACCUCCCUUACCGCCGCCUCUUUUUUUCUUGGUGGGGAGGAAAAGAAAGGAAAGCCGAGGAGGAGCCUCGAGGAACUUCUCGGCUCGGCUUCUUCUCCAAUCCAAUUCAUUGCCUUUCCAGUGAUUCCCACGGCCCGCAGCUAGCUCCACCGUCGCACUACCGGCAAAAGGGAGAUCAGACUGUGAGAUGGCUUCCCCGGAGCCAUCGGCGGGCGGCGAUGCGGCCAGCCAGAGUGCUGCGGUGCAGCCGCUCCAGCUGCCAACGCCGGAGGAGAUCAAGGGGCAGGAGAUGAUGAACAACUGCGCCGUCCGGAGCGUCCUCAGUGGUGUCAUGGCAGUAGAAAGGUUGCUGUUUGGCGGUGCGCCCCUCUCUGCCCCCCCACCCCACCACCUCCACUAUCAAUUAUUCCUUUUAGCACCGGGAGGUGGUCUUGGUGUACUUAUGGGACUAUUUUUUGGAGCUUUGGAAAAUCCAAUAAUGUCAGAGGAGAUGACAGCAAGGCAACAAAUAGUCUACCAGGCAAAACAGAUGGGUAGGAAAAGUAUGAGCCAUGCUAAGACCUUUGCAGUAAUGGGCUUGAUUUUUUCUGCAGCUGAAUGUGUCGUAGAGAAGGCUCGGGCAAAGCAUGACAUUACCAAUUCGGCAGUAGCUGGCUGUGUCACAGGAGGGGCUUUAGCUGCAAAAGGUGGCCCUCAAGCUACAUGUAUCGGGUGCGUGGGUUUUGGUGCCUUCUCUGUGGCGAUUGAGAAGUUCAUGGAACGGCAUACUUGAAUCGGUGAUGGAAGCGUUGCAUCCGAUAAACCAAGUGAUGCGUCUUUGUACCAAAUCAUUAGCAGGAUUCAGCAUUGGCCAAAGAGGUUUUGGUUAUUUUUGCAAUAUUCAGUCGUUGGCAUGUACCCAGAGAUGGGGUAACCUAAAUUUCAAGUCUUGCGGCUAUCCAUCCAUAGCACUGAGUAGCUAAAUUAGUCUGUAGCCAGUUUGAUGGCAUGUACCCAGCGAUGGGGUAUAUACGCAUUUUCGCUGAUGCAAUCUCGCGCCAUGUAUCUGUGUCUGAUGUCUGAAUGGUUUCAGAGAAGUCUAUUUUACUUUUUA